CUUGAACUUCAUAUGCUUCCUCACCGACAGCACACAUCAAGAAAAUCACACAGAGUCCGCUUGCGUGAAUUUCCCUUGACUCUGGUCGUGCACCCAGCAGCAACCUGUUGCUCUCGACACUUUUCCGCGCUUUCCCAACGUUUUCUCUCCGAGGCAUUUCCUGUGAAAAUCCCAGGACGAACGAGGUCGGGGAGAGAAGUUAUUUAACGGGUUUAGAAGCUUUUUCUAGUACGAAAAAGUUAUUUAAGGGUUGUGUAAUUUUGUGGGGUGAAGAUUAGUUGAAAGAGAACAGGGUUUUUGCGAUCAACAUGUAUGGAAUGUUGUUGGAGAGCGUCCAGCACUUCGUGCAGCUCGAAUACGGCGAAGAUGUUUGGCAGAAGUUAUUAUUGGAAACAGACUAUAAAUUCACCGUAUUUAAUACACAUCAAACCUAUCCAGACAAUAUUAUGUCUUCCUUGGCAGCGGCUUUGGCAAAAGUCACUUCACUCUCUGUAGAUGAUACUAUGAUGUUUUUUGGACGAUGUUUUGUACGAUUUUUUAGCAAUUACGGAUAUGACGUUACCAUAAAGGCAACCGGAAGAUAUUUUACAGAUUUUUUAAGCAGCAUGGAUAACCUUCAUGCUCAGUUUAGGGUGUCGUAUCCGAAAAUGAAGAGCCCCUCAAUGUAUUUGACUGAUGUUGAUAACGAAGGCUGUGUUUUGGUAUACCGUAGCACUAGAAAAGGAUUUACGCAAUAUAUACGAGGUCAGCUAUAUCAAAUAGCUACUGAUUUCUUCAAUUUAAGCCUAGAAACUCGGGUAAUUGACACUGUGAAUAAGGUAACAUCAGAUGGAAGGAAUUUGAUAAUCGUUACAUUUCGUUUGGACUUCGACAAUUCUCAAUAUAUAUUGAACAAACAAGCAGAAGAGGCGACCCAGAUUAAAUGCGACCUGCCCCCGUUUUCCUGUUGCGUUCUUCUCGAACUUUUUCCGUUUGCCGUACUACUAGAUCCGACUCUAACGAUAAUUGGUGUUGGAGAAAAGUUAGUGGAAGUUGCGGGUGACAAAAACAAACUUCUUGGGAAGCCGUUGACGAAGUAUUUUAAAUUAAGGACACCAAAGGGAAUAUCUUUCACGUGGAAAAAUCUUCAAUGCUUAAAAUCAGUUACGUUCGAGAUCGAAGUGCUCCGUACGGAGCUGAUCAAAUCCAGACUGAGUAGCAUACAGUCGUCUCCGAACGAUAUGGACACCUUGGGGGAUGGCUUGUGUAAUAGAGAGAUAGAAAUCGACGGUAAGAGCAUAUCUCCGUAUUCCAUGAGACGAGACAGCCAGCCGGGAUUAAGGAAUAUCCUGCUGAAGGGACAAAUGAAAUAUCUCAGCGACAUCAAAGCGAUCAUUUAUCUCUGCAGUCCUGUUAUCAAUGAUAUAAGUGAAUUACCAGAUCAAGGACUUUAUCUUAAUGACUUAAAUCCUCAUGGACUUAGCAAAGAAAUGGUUCUGGCUGGGUGGCAAAAUAGUUCAAAAUUGCGUCUAAUGUUCGACAAGGCAGAACAAAGGGCCUCCGAGUUGGAAAACAAUUACACCCUCCUUAACGUGUGGAAGCGACGUGGGGACGAACUGCUCUACUCCAUGAUCCCCAAGCCCGUGGCAGACUCCUUAAGAUCGGGAAACAGCCCUUUGAGCACGUGCAAGUCUUUUGAUGUAGUAACGGUGAUGUUUUGUGAGCUAGUUGGUUUUAAUUCAACUACUGUCGAAGAUGCUAUGGAGCUGGUGAGUACGAUGAAUGCUGUGUUUUCCUGUUUUGAUGCACUUAUGGACAAAUUCAAGGUUUAUAAAGUUGAAACUGUUGGACAAAUAUAUAUGGCAGUAUGUGGAGCCCCAGACGAUAAUGAAAACCAUGCACAAAAUAUUGUUGAUGUCUCACUAGAGAUGGUUAAACAUAUCAGACAGCUUAAGAUUCCUUCUGGCACCAAAGUUGAUAUUAGAAUAGGUGCUCAUUCGGGACCAGUAGUUGCAGGAGUUGUGGGUAUAAAACUACCAAGAUAUUGUUUCUUCGGUGAUACAGUAAACACGGCAUCUAGAAUGCAAUCGUCUAGCGAGCCCGGAAUGGUACAUAUUUCUGAAUCCAUCAAAGAGCUUAUACCGAUCAAGAAGUAUAUUAUUACAAAUAGAGGAACUGUUAAGUUAAAGGGUAAAGGCGAUAUGCAGGCGUAUUGGGUUUUUGAAAAUAUCUACAACGAUGAAAAUUAUCAAGACUAAACUAAACAAAAAACUAAAAAUGUAUAUAUGUAAAUAAGGGUUUAUCA